GCAUGUAGUUCACAGAUCUUGUUUAUUUUUGUUAAAAAACUUGUUGCUGCUUAACUUAUUCCGACGAAUUGUUCUGAACGUAGACGAGUAAUGGUAAAAAGCACUAAUUAUUGUGUUUCGAUAGUAUGAGUAGAAAACAUUUUAUCCGUGAAAUUGAACUUUCAAAUAUUCUAAUAAGGAGAUUGGUAAUAUUCAUUUACCCAAAAAUCUCACCAUCCAUAAAAUACUACUGGUUUGACAAACAUGAUGGAUAGCCUGAAAGAUGUAGUUGAUGAAAUGUUGAAAAUCACAUGUGUUCUCUGCAAUAAAUAUGUAACUGUACCUCCUAUUUAUGUGUCUGAAGAUGGAAGAAAAUACCGUUGUGGCAGAUGCAAGGAUAUUAAAUGUGAAGUAAAUAAUAGGUGUUUACUAUACGAGAACAUUGGGAAGUUUUUAAAGUUUCCAUGUAUCUAUAAAAAAUGUACUGAGUUAAUUUCAUGGGGAGAGGUAGAGGGGCAUGAAAAAAUGUGUGCUUACAGGACUAUGACUUGUCCUAUUUAUUAUAACAAUAACUGUAGGAAACAAAUUGAAAGUGAAAAUCUAGUUUCACACAUAAAAGCUGAACACAUUCUGCUUUAUCGUGAAGGGACACUUACUACCACUCAGACUAAAGGUAAAAGAAAGGUGAUAGUUUUGGUAGAACAGGGAAUACCGUUUUUGAUCUUUUUGGGUAAACAAAAAGUUUCUAUUACUUCCAUGAAACCAAAUAUAUGCUCCACUUAUGAUUUGAAAUUGAAUGGGCCCCUUUCUCCAUCAUUGUUAUAUGAGCAUCAGAAAAUAAAUGAAGGUUAUGAUGAAUUGAUAAAUUGUAUCGAAUGCAUUGCAGAAAAAUGCCAAAGAAAAUAUCAUCUGUAUUCGACAUUGUAUGGCAAUGAAAAUGAAAAGUUACAAUAUACUUCCGUUAAUUCUGUAGUACUUGAAAAUAUAUUUGGUUAUUACUAUGAACUCACAUAUACUAUCAAUAUUUUCGUUGGUGGAAAAAUUGAUGGAAAAGAAGUCAGAGAUGUUGCCGUUUCCACGGAUGUUAUGAAUAGCACACAAUUAGCCAUACAGAAUAAUGAUGUAUGGAAAAACUUCGAAUGUCCAGUGUGCAUAGAAUAUAUGACUUCUCCAAUAUUCACUUGUCAAGCUGGACAUCCAAUUUGCAACAGUUGCAAGUCGAAACUUAGCACCUGUCCAACAUGUCAAUCAGCAAUUGGAUCUUCAAGAAACUUUCCUCUUGAAAAUUUAGCAGAAAUUUUGAAAGUUUCUAAUUCAUAUCGAAAGGAUAUGAGGUGUAACAAUUCAGAAGAUUCAAAAGAGAUGUCCAUUCCUGAUGUGGAUUCUUCGAAAACUGAUUGACUGCCUUGUGGUAUGUGUUGGUUACGUUGAAUACUUAUAUUUGAUUUGUGAAUUUUAUUUCAAUUUUGAGUAACUUCCAAUUAUUUCAACGUAGAUUUUGCUAUCAUGCCUCAUCCUAGUAUUCCAUACAUACCUGAGUACAUUUUGAUUGAACUUGUCAAAUACAAUUUUUCCACUACAUUGAAUAAAGUCAUCAUAUUUGUA